AUGGAGGCGAAGAGAGCUAUGGUGUCGAUUGAUGUCGCAAAUGCCUUCAAUACCGCACCUUGGGAAAAAAUCGGAGAAGCACUAAGGCAAAAAGAUGUACCUUUCUACCUGAUAAAAAUACUUCGGGACUACCUUAGGGAGAGACGGUUACAGACAGACGCGGGAAAUGUUGACGUUACAUGUGGAGUACCACAAGGAUCAGUAAUUGGUCCUAUUCUAUGGAAUAUAUUUCAUGAUGAUCUGUUGCGCCUAACACUACCUGAAGGAGUAAGGAUAAUUGCGUUUGCAGAUGACGUUGCAGUAGUUGGAACCGGUUGGUGUACAGAGGUUUUGGAGGUCUCAAUUAAUGCUGCGUUAAAACAAGUUAGCGACUGGAUGAGCAGAAACGGACUGACGAUAUCGAUAAACAAGACAGUGGCUAUGAUGAUGACGACAAAAAGGAAAUAUAGACACCCACAGUUUGUGCUACUAGACGACACCUUGGAGUUAAAAGGAAAAAUGCGUUAUUUGGGAGUGGAGCUGAGUUCAUCACUGGGAUUCAAGGAACAUAUCCAAAUGGCACGCAACAAAGCCUUGAGGACAACGGUCGCUCUUUCCCUCUUGAUGCCCAAUGUUAAAGGCCCAAGGCCAAUAAAAAGGAAGCUACUCGCAUCAGUGGUUCAUAGCCAACUGUUGUAUGCGGCCCCCGUGUGGAGCUCAUCGCUAGUAUUUCAUAACCAUAAGCAGUUACUUCUAGGCCCCCAGCGGGCAAUAGCCCUGAGAGUCGCCAGUGCGUAUAGAACGGUAUCCACGGUGGCAAUAUUGGUUGUGACCAACAUUGUUCCGGUACACCUUAUGGCGAGAGGACGGAGUGAACUAAGACGACUGCAAAAAACUGGGAUUGAGGACGCAAGGCACGUGGUUGAUGAAAAUAUCUGGAGUUGGUGGCAACAGGAAUGGGACGAUGAAAAGGAUAAAGGGGCGUGGACAAAGCGACUCAUACCUAAAGUUCGCGAUUGGGCAAGUCGAUCACAUGGUGUGACAAGCUACCACCUGACACAGAUGUUGACGGGACAUGGCUGCUUCCAGGCCAAACUAUAUAGCUUCACCCGUGCAGAAUCCCCACAUUGCUUAUCCUGUGGAGAUAAUAUUGACGAUGCGGAACACACGUUCUUUAAAUGUGGCCGGUGGGCAAGGAAGCUUGCAGAUCUGGAAGCCACGGUUGACCAAGUCGUUACACCAGAAACGAUAAUUCCCAUCAUGCUACACAGUAAGAGAAACUGGGAAGCGGUGGAAAGGUACGUAACUUUAAUCCUGAGGACCAAGGAAGAAGAGGAACGGCUGAGGAGAUAG